AUGUCUGACUCAAGUCCAGUUCCAAGUGGAACUCAAACUCCUGUCGACAACACAUCAGUUGUCGAACAUAAAUUCGAAAAGGAAGAACAGUUGCAAGAAGAAAGACCAACUUUAGAAGACCAAGACAAGUCUUUUAAGGAUUACCUUUCGAUUUCUUUCUUCUGCUUAUUGGUUGCUUUCGGUGGUUUUGUUUUCGGUUUCGAUACCGGUACCAUUUCUGGUUUCGUGAAUAUGACCGAUUUCAAGCAAAGAUUCGGUCAGUUGAGUGGUUCAGGUGAAUACUACUUGUCAAACGUCAGAACCGGGUUGAUUGUUUCUAUUUUCAACGUCGGUUGCGCUAUCGGAGGUAUUUUCCUCUCCAAAUCUGCUGACAUGUAUGGAAGAAGAAUCGGUUUAAUGUUUGCUAUGGCCAUUUACGUGGUUGGUAUUAUUAUUCAAAUCUCAUCUACUACAAAAUGGUACCAAUACUUCAUCGGAAGAUUGGUCACUGGUUUGGCCGUCGGUACUGUUUCUGUGGUAUCCCCUAUGAUGAUUUCGGAAACUUCCCCAAAGAAGGUCAGAGGUACUUUGGUGUGCUGUUUCCAAUUGUUUAUCACCUUGGGUAUCUUCUUAGGUUACUGUACCAACUACGGUACUAAGACUUAUACCGACUCUAGGCAAUGGAGAAUCCCAUUGGGAUUGUGUUUUGCCUGGGCCAUCUUCAUGGUUGUCGGUAUGGUUUCUAUGCCUGAAUCUCCAAGAUACUUGGUUGAAAAGGACAGAAUAGAAGAUGCCAUGAAAUCUAUUUCUAGAGCCAACAAGGUUUCUGUGGACGAUCCAGCGGUGCACGCCGAAAUCGAGUUGAUUCAAGCCGGUGUCAACAGAGAAAAGUUGGCUGGUAACGCUUCGUGGAAGGAAUUGAUCACUGGUCAACCAAAGAUCUUUCAAAGAGUCAUAAUGGGUGUUAUGUUACAAUCCUUACAACAAUUGACCGGUAACAACUACUUUUUCUACUAUGGUACCACCAUUUUCAAAUCGGUUGGGUUGACGGAUUCUUUCCAAACCUCUAUCGUUUUGGGUGUGGUCAACUUUGCUUCCACCUUUGUUGGUAUUUACGCCAUUGAAAGAUUCGGUAGAAGAACCUGUUUGUUGGUUGGUUCCGUGAGUAUGUUCAUCUGUUUCAUCAUCUAUGCGGUGUUAGGUUCUGUUCAUUUGUACAUCGGUGGAUAUGGGGGUGAGACCAGAACUUCCACUGGUAACGCUAUGAUUUUCAUUACUUGUUUGUUCAUCUUCUUCUUUGCAUCCACCUGGGCCGGUGGUGUCUACUGUAUUGUUUCUGAAAGUUACCCAUUAAGAAUCAGAUCUAAGGGUAUGGCUGUUGCUACUGCUGCCAACUGGAUGUGGGGUUUCUUGAUUUCAUUCUUCACUCCUUUUAUCACCGCAAAGAUCCACUUCUACUACGGUUUUGUGUUUAGCGGCUGUCUUUUGUUCUCCUUCUUUUACGUGUACUUCUUUGUCAGUGAAACUAAGGGUUUAACAUUGGAAGAAGUUGACGAAUUGUACAGACAAAACAUCGCCCCAUGGAAGUCUGGUUCCUGGGUUCCUCCCACCAACGCCGAAAAAAUGGCAUAUGCCAGCGGAUUCGAAAGAUCCGAACAUGACACUGAAGCUUAA